AUGAUAAAGGCAGAGGAAUUCACAGCUGAGGAGCUUUAAGCUAUCAUCUAGUAGCUAGGAGAUUUUAAAGAUCAAUAGACUCACUUAUAAGAGUAAGUAGGCAGCUACUUCUAAAACUUUGACAAGGACAGUAACGGAUUCCUUGACAGAAAAGAGCUAAGAGAGUUCCUUACAAACUUCUUUACUCAAUACAAAAUCCAUUUCCCAGUUACUGAUGAGUAUGUCGAUGCAGUUUUCAGAGAGAUUGACUUGAACAGAGACAACAAGAUUUAGCCUAAUGAGCUCGAAAGUUACGCCCUUCAUUUCGUGAAUACUAUUCUUCCACAUUACGAGCAAGCCUUAAGUACAAAGCAGUGA